UUCCCUCUCACGCUGCAUAAAUCCCCACCCCUCCCCCAUCACGGCCCGCCCCGUCUCGACCUCACGAUCUCCCCUGCUUCUAGACGCUUCCUCCCUCCUCUCUCUUGUCUCACUACAGCUUAAAGAAGUCAGCACAAUGACUCGCGGCGACCAGCGGGAGCGGGACCGGCAGAGGGCGCAGGCGCGGCGGCCGGUGGCCAAGGGGCGCGACGACGGGCUCACGCCGGAGCAGCGGCGGGAGCGGGACGCCAAGGCGCUGCAGGAGAAGGCGGCCAGGAAGGCGGCGCAGGCCGCGGGAGGCGGUGACGCCAAGGGCGCGGGCAAGAACGCCGGCAAGAAGUAGCCGGAUCCGGCGAGAUCGUGUUGUGUCGUAGCGGCUAGGUAUUGAAAUCUCUGUCGUACGUGUUUGCAAGACCUGUGUUGCUUGUGGAUCUGGAAAUCUGGAACGGGAUUCGAUUUCUUCGGUGCUGGCACUAGCUUCGCCUGGAACAUGCGUCUUGCAAAAGCACAACAAUAUCGGCCGAUCAAAGUUUGGCA